AACUCCUCUCCCCGAGGAGAGUGGUUUAAACGGUGAAGGCUGCGGGGCGUCGCCGGAAGUGUCGUAAACGCCGGAUAUCCGGUUCUUCACGGCGCUAAGGGAGCUGACGGAGAGGGCCGCCGCCCAGCAGUAGACGCUGCCUUAACCUGCCGAGCCGCAGUGCCCGCGGUGUGUGAGUGAGCCCGGGCCGGUGUCCCCUCUUCCGCCGCCACCAUGGGCUGCACGUUGAGCGCCGAAGACAAGGCGGCAGUGGAGCGAAGCAAGAUGAUCGACCGCAACUUACGGGAGGACGGGGAAAAAGCGGCCAAAGAAGUGAAGCUGCUGCUACUCGGUGCUGGAGAAUCUGGUAAAAGCACCAUUGUGAAACAGAUGAAAAUCAUUCAUGAGGAUGGCUAUUCAGAGGAUGAAUGUAAACAAUAUAAAGUAGUUGUCUACAGCAAUACUAUACAGUCCAUCAUUGCAAUCAUAAGAGCCAUGGGACGGCUAAAGAUUGACUUUGGGGAAGCUGUCAGGGCAGAUGAUGCCCGACAAUUAUUUGUUUUAGCUGGCAGUGCUGAAGAAGGAGUCAUGACUCCAGAACUAGCAGGAGUGAUUAAACGGUUAUGGCGAGAUGGUGGGGUACAAGCUUGCUUCAGCAGAUCCAGGGAAUAUCAGCUCAAUGAUUCUGCUUCAUAUUAUCUAAAUGAUCUGGAUAGAAUAUCCCAGUCUAACUACAUUCCAACUCAGCAAGAUGUUCUUCGGACGAGAGUGAAGACCACAGGCAUUGUAGAAACGCAUUUCACCUUCAAAGACCUAUACUUCAAGAUGUUUGAUGUAGGUGGCCAAAGAUCAGAACGAAAAAAGUGGAUUCACUGUUUUGAGGGAGUGACAGCAAUUAUUUUCUGUGUGGCCCUCAGUGAUUAUGACCUUGUUCUGGCUGAGGACGAGGAGAUGAACCGAAUGCAUGAAAGCAUGAAACUGUUUGACAGCAUUUGUAAUAACAAAUGGUUUACAGAAACUUCAAUCAUUCUCUUCCUUAACAAGAAAGACCUUUUUGAGGAAAAAAUAAAGAGGAGUCCGUUAACUAUCUGUUAUCCAGAAUACACAGGUUCCAAUACAUACGAAGAGGCAGCUGCCUAUAUUCAAUGCCAGUUUGAAGAUCUGAACAGAAGAAAAGAUACCAAGGAGAUCUAUACUCACUUCACCUGUGCCACAGACACGAAGAAUGUGCAGUUUGUUUUUGAUGCUGUUACAGAUGUCAUCAUUAAAAACAACUUAAAGGAAUGUGGACUUUAUUGAAAAGCAUGGAUGUUAGUGAAAGUUACUACAGUGUGGAGUGUUGAGACCAGACACCUUUUGCUGUCUUAUGGGGCAGCUACAAGCAUGAACGGGACCAGGGAAUGGCAGCAGCAUGCAGAAUCUUAGCACUCUUUAGCACAAUCUUCUAUAUUAGGGAACUUUUAAUUGACAUGAGAUGCUAAAUUCAGACAUUGGAAUUGGAAGAACUGUAAAGUGUGAUUUGAUCAUCAAGACCUCACUUGGAUUUCUUAAUCUUAAAUGCUUAUGGAAGAUGUGAAGUUGAGGUGCUGCAUUCUAGAACUUUCAAUAUGUAGCUUACUCUUUUUUUCCCCCUUCUUAACAAACCACCAGUGGUUCGUUUUUAGGGUUUUUUCAUCAAGAGAAGAAUAACUUUACUAAAUUUUAUUUCUUUAUUUGCAAAAGAAUCUUUAUUAAAACACAAUGUUAACUAUGCACAUGAUGUGACCAGAUCAUCUUGAAAAUAUUCCUCUUUAGUAGGAACUCUUUGUUUUUAACUCUUGGUGUGGUCAGAAUAUAAUACUUCCAUAAUUACUUAUAAUUCUUUCCAGUUACUGGGGCUAUGCAUACAACUUUUUUGAUGAAAUUUAUGUUGUUAUCCUGCUCAAAGUACCAUUAUGGUUUCCAUAUGGUAAUUACAUUGGAAAGUUCUGCAAUAAGAUUCUAGUUCUCUCUUUUCUUUAAGCUUAUGGUUGAAGGUCAACCUUGUUUAUGCAGAUUACCAAAUUACUGCUGUGAUGUAGUAUGAUAAAGUCAGCUUCUUGGAUACAGACACACCCAGGACAGCUGCCAAUCAGAAAUGCAAAUUGCUAAAUUCCAAACAGAACCAGUGACUUUGCUGCUACAUAUUUACUAAAUUGACCACUUUGAUUCCUGCUUGUUUGUCUCAGUUAUAGGGAGUUUUGUACAAGGUGCCUCUUGUUUUCCAUCUUCAUGGCCUUUUCUGUUGAGAGACAUCUAAAGUGUAUUAACAGUGCAUGCUUUUACUUUGUAAAUGUGGUGCCAAAUCCCUGUUUGCCAUCGUUUUUACUGUAGCAAUGUUAACUGUAGUAAUCCUUAGUCAGUAUGUUCUUUUGCUGAAACUGUUGCAUUUUGGGACUUUUUCCCACUUUGUCAUGUGUACAUUUUUAAUCUAUUAUAGUUGGCAGCAGUAUUAAAAUGGUGAGUAAAGAGCCCAGGUUUGCUCCUGUUUGUAACUA